UUUCAGAACCUAACGGUAAAUGAAAAUAAAUAAGCGUUUUGUUUUAUUCCUUGAGGUAGCUAGGACUGAUGCCUUCCAGUUGUAUUGGUGCAUUUAAGCUAAGUUAAACAUUAAAAUUUUGUUUCAUGUUUCAGUUACAAGUAAAAUUGUUCCUGGGUUGUCGAUGAGAUGAUUUCCAUUGUGGUGUUAUCAAUCCUUGUUGUUAUGUCUCUGAUCGGCAACACGCUCGUUAUUUUAACGGUCCUUAUCAACAAGCCUAUGCGGACAACGCUCAAUUAUCUCCUGGUGAACUUAGCUGUCGCCGACAUCGUCUUCGCUUUGUCCACUGGAAUAACUCAUGUUAUGAUGCCACAUCUAGCCCACCCCGAAGGACAUACAGACCGUUUUCUGUGUGCAUUUUUCGCAGGUGGAGGUGUAGGGUGGAUUGGUGGUACUGUAUCCAGUCUGUGUUUGGUGUACAUUGCUGUUGAACGCUCCUUUGCCAUUAUUCAUCCGCUUCGUCAACGCGGCAGAUUUACUCAGCGACGUCUAAAACUUUUCGUCGUUAUUAGUUGGAUUGUAGCCAUUCUUAUCUGCAUUCCAGUAUCUUUUCUGACUUGUUAUCAUCCUGAUUCACAAUUUUAUAAAACAGGCGGUAUUAGCUUCAUAACCAACAAAGUAAACAGCGUAGUGUGGAUGGUUGUAGCAGGCAUAGUCCCUGUGAGCAUCAUGGUAUACCUGUACUCCGGAGUAGUGCAUCACCUGUGGUUCAAAUCGGUCCAGAACUUAGCAGCUUCCCAGAGGGCCACGCUACGCUAUCGCAAGCGAGUUACCGUAACGCUGAUUACGGUCAGUGUCAUCUACGCAGUCUGUUGGAUUGCAAACUUGACAGCUUACCUUAUGGAGCACUGGAGUGAACUGAUCCCGUGGUUUGACAAGACUGGUACAGUAUUGCUCACCUUCAACUGUUGUGUCAAUCCCGUGUUGUACAGCAUGCGCAUGAAGAGCUUCCGUGAACAUCUGCGUGAUGUGUUGUUUUGCAAGAAGAGGGGAAGAGCCAGAGGGAAAGCAGCUUUACCGCAUGUGGGGCCUCCAGAGGAGCAACCAAUCAACCGUUCAGCCGGUAGUAGAACACGAAAACUCUAGCACCAUUCCGGCUUAUUUUUAUUAGCACCCGAACCAGAAUUUUUCACCAUACAAAAGCUUCCCUUAAAGUUGCAAAACGCCGGAGAAAAUCUAGGAUCUCUGAUGAUCACUGAGGCUGCAGCAAAAAUAGGCAAUAUAGAAAGGGAACCACAUGCACAGCAAUGACAUCAAAUCAAACGGCAACAGAAGAUAAUAAUAUAAGGGGACUGUUUUUCUGUAGCGGCGAUUGCGACGCACAAUACUAUAACCAAGGCUACAACGACGAUUUCAGUUCAUGUCUCUUGUGAGUUUAUGCUUUUUGCAACUGUUAUGCUAAGCGGCGUUUCGAGGACUAUGAAAGUACCUUGGCACUAGUAACUGCAUGGGGACUCAAAUCAACUAUUAAACUCAACCUUCAGCUUUUGUUUAACUAUUUUCUUUAUUUGUAUGUUUGUCUAUUUUUUCAAUUCUGGUUGUGUUUGAAUCCGAUGGCUAACCAGUUUCUGUAGUAGACAAGUGAUCAUAAUUUGUGAGAUGUGCAUUUGUUGGGACUGAUGCGAUGUUCAUUUUCACUGAACAACGGAUUUCCUCGUAUUAAUCGCUAUUGUUAAUGAGCCAGUGACAGCAUUUCAAAUAUCUUAUGUUUCCCACCUUAAGUUUGAGUAAAAAUAUCAGGAUCGAAACCUUACAGAAUUACUGGUUUGAAAUCGGAUUUCGAACCUUAUUUGUGCACAAUGAAGAUAAGAACAAAAAAUGAUACAUGUUUAUAACGUCUGUAUAUAGAUAAGCCAAAAUACUAAUCUAUGACGUAACACACUACCAACUCCAAUGGCAUUAGAGCGGUUUUCAUUUGAGUAUCGAAAAGUAAUUGCUUUCGCAUCAACUACGCUACACGAUUGGUUUAAAAAAUUC